AUGAAUCAAGAUGGUGAAAAUGAUGGACAUUCCACUGCAUGUCAUGCUGAUGGUGCCUACAGAGUUCGUAUUCUAAGUAUAAAAGCGUAUCGAGUAAAGAUAACAAACAGAGGAGUUGGUCUGAAACCAAUUAAGAAAUUCCAAUUCAAAACAUCUGUUUAG